ACAGUUCUUUCCUAAUUUUGAACCGUGUGUUAUAAAAACGGGGAAGAUAAAAACAAACGUUGGCGACAUAUUCCAAAAAAAAAUAUGAGAAUAGUAUUUUUCAAAUCUUUUAUCUGGGGUAAUAAACAAACAGAUUCACAUAGUAUUGAUUACAAACACAUAUAAUAUUUUCCAUUAUCAAAUUAAUAACACACAACAAUAGGAUUCAAUGCUGGAAUUUAUAAAUGCGAGAUUCAACAAAGAUGUUGUUGGUUUUGGUGUUGUUCUCAGUCUAUUGUUCAUGCGCUGAAGUCAGGAGGGCCAAGUUAAACGUCGUACAGCAAGAUCUCAUUGGUUUAAAAGGCGAAGACGUUGAAGUGACGUUAAUAACAACAAUGUUAGUCGGACAACGUUUGCUUUCCAUUAAAGUUUUCCAGCUUCCUGGAAAUAUUGAACUCGCUACUGGAUCGGAACGAGCAUUUUUGUUACAGAAUGAAACACUCAGAGGAAUAAAAUUUGAAACUAAAAUCGACGGAGAGAAAGGAAUAUAUCGAUUUGGAAUCAAAUCUUUAGACUACGAUGAUGGUACUAUGUAUCUUGCCACUGCUAUUUUUCAUGAUGGCUAUACACGAUAUCAUAAGGAUGACGUUAGGGUGAAAGUUAACGUUUUAGGUGGACCCCAAUUAUGUGGCUCCACACUUCCGGCGGUAACUAUGGUUAAAAGGAACACAACAGUCCGCUUCUCAAGCGUUGUGUGCGGAAAUAGACCCCCGUCGAUGAGUUGGAUGCUUGGGUGUGAGAGUUUAAAAACAAAUGUAACAAAAGGGUUGAAACCACAGGAGUAUGUCCAUCACGUAGACCUCAAGAUUACUACGAGAAUGUGUGGAUUACUCUUGAGAUAUGUGGCAUCUGGCCAUGAUGGAGAGAUAACAGGAUCAACUAAACUCAUCGAAAAGUCUAUACCUCAGAAGAUCGAGAAUUUUCAAUACGCUAUUGAUAACACAUGCUUUGUGUUAAGCUGGUCAAGACAGUACACUGGAAAUUGUAUCGUCAAUCACGAAAUUCAAUAUAUAACUGGGAAGAACACAACAAUGAAUAUCGAUAUUGUAACGUCGAAUACAAACAAAUUGUCUUAUUGCGCUCCCUUACCAGAGGAUAUAAAAAAAAUAAAAGUUAUAAAAAUAAGAAGUAUUUAUGAAAAGAGAAGAGGGGAAUGGAGCAGUGUGAAUAUCACAUUAAAUGCACCAGAAAGUUCAAAUGAUUAUGAUGAUCUUAAAAAAGGAAUUCCAGUAGCUGUUGCUUUGAUUAUUGCUUUAGUUACGGUUUUUGUUGUCGUAAAGAAAAAAAGAAAACGAGUACAUCGUGCACCAGAAACUACUCGGUUAAUUUCGAAAAGAAAUGCAGAAGGUAGCAAUGAGAUGGACGAGCUAAUUGUUACUAUAGCAACUAGCCAGGAAGAUCACAAAUCAGACGUAUAGAACCUCUACAUUUUGUUAUUUCAUAAAAGAGAAGAGAAAGUGAAAAUUGUAUACAACCCGUUUAAUUCUUAGCCGUGGGAAAGGUCAAAAGGUAUUUUGAUUUAAAGAAACUCAAUAUUCUGGGGAAGUAUGUACACCAUUCGUGUUUUGUUUUAUCUCCUAAUCAUAGUCGGAAGAGAAAAGCAAAAUUCUACAGUUUCCAUAUUGAUGAUUUUUGUAUUAUUAAACAAAAAACGAGAAGAAUUUGUAUAAAUGAAUAAAAUGGUUGGAUUAUUUUGCCAGGUAAAGCGCCAGUUAGAUUUUAUGUCUUUUCUCGCUUUAAAGAUACCAUUUACAGUGUUAGACCACUUUGUCCUAAAAAAGAUAUUCAACGAGGGUUAUAUCUUCGUAUACUUGAACUUAGCUGUGACUUCCUGUUUAAGUGAAGUAUUUUCAAUCCUUAAUUGUCAAUUUUAACAUGUUUUUUAUAUUAUGUUUAUAUGUAUAUUUGUUGAUAAAAAAUAUUUGUAUGGCUCAGACUCCAUUUUAUCCAAAAUAUCCCAGAAUUCAGUAUGUUUAGUGGAUAUUAAUAAAUUGGGAAAGUUCAAAAGGUAUUUCGGUUUAAAGAAACUCAAUAUUCCAGGAAAAUAUGUACACCAUUCGUGUUGUUUUAUCUCCUAAUCAUAGUCGGAAGAGAAAAGCAAAAUUCUACAGUUUGCAUAUUGAUGAUUUUUGUAUUAUUAAACAAAAAACGAGAAGAAUUUGUAUAAAUGAAUAAAAUGGUUGGAUUAUUUUGCCAGGUAAAGCGCCAGUCAGAUUUUUUGUCUUUUCUCGCUUUAAAGAUACCAUUUACAGUGUUAGAGCACUUUGUCCUAAAAAAGAUAUUCAACGAGGGUUAUAUCUUCGUAUACUUGAACUUAGCUGUGACUUCCUGUUAAGUAUUUUCAAUCCUUAAUUGUCAAUUUUAACAUGUUUUUUAUAUUAUGUUUAUAUGUAUAUUUGUGGAUAAAAAAUAUUUGUAUGGCUCAGA